AUACACACCACGCACAAUGAACGCGGCAAGGCGAUUCCUCACGACAACGGCGACGACAUCAAAAGCUGCUGCGGCGGCAUCUAUCCAGGCGAUCCCCGAGGUCGUUGACGCGCGGGUGCUCCCCAAUGCGCUGUUCAACCUCAUCCGCCGCAACAUUGAGGCGCGUCCAGAGGGCUCGAGUGGGCCCAUUCAGAUCCGCAACCCCUUCAUUGGCAUUGCGAACGAGGGCCACAACGGCGCGUGGGUCGUGCCCAUCUCGGCACGCCGGCAGAAGCAGUACCUGCAGCAGUACCCCGGCUGGGCGCUGCCUCCAUCGCCUCUGAACCGCGUCGACGAGCCCAAGGCCGUGCAGUGGGUCGACGGCACGCUCGUGACGUGGGAGGGCAGCGUGCCGGCCGAGAAGAAGGCAUUGGGGCUUUACGGCUCGAGGAAGCGCAUGUUCAAAGGCCACAAGCACGAGCGCGAGAAGGCUUCCCGCGUGCAGGAGCGCAAGGAUCGUCUCGAGGGAAUGGAGAAGCGCAUCGAGAUGUGGAAGAAGACCAAGGAGGAAGCGAAGAAGAAGCUCAAGCCGUCUCUUCCUUUCUAAUCCCCUACACAUUUUCACUUCUCACUUGUACGAACCAUGCAUGGCAGGUAGCAUCAGG